CACACGCACACACACACACACACAAACAAAAUCAAGGGGAGGGGCAGCCGACUCGUCACUCAGAUCUCGCUAAACCUGUAGUUUAGACACACAGAAAACGAGACGCAUGAACUCAUGAACUUAUACAAUGUUCUUCAGUCUGCUGCUUCUGUUUGGUCUCAUCUAUCACAGUCACAGCGGUCAGUAUCUUUCUGGAAACAAAAAUCUACCAGUGACAGGAAAAAGAGAAGGCAAUGUUACUCUACAGUGUGAAAUUGAUGACAAACAGAUUUUACGUGUUGAGUUAUUUGGUGAGUCAGGACCCAUUGAUGUCUGUCAGACUGAAGGAUGUAGUGAACGAGUAUCUAAAACAGCAGCAUGUGACGUCCUCAUCAAGAAUCUGAGCUUCAGUGACGCUGGGACACACAUUUUAAGAGUCUUUUACAGAAAUAAUCAGACAAACCUGGCACAGAAUAAGAUAUACCAAAUCCAUAUUUAUGAUGAGAUUACUGUGAAAACAGGCAAACCAAUAAAACUGCAUGUUCUGAUGUCCUUUGCUCAUAAAGUGGAGAAGAACUCCAGUGAAGGCUGGAAGAAGGUCUGGGAGAGACGUCACGGGCUCUGGAGCGAUAGAAUGAACGUCAGCGAGGAAGACCUGAUCAUUAAAGCAUUUACAGAUAAUGAUGCUGGAACAUACAGAGUUCUGGACUAUAACGGAGAAACCUUGAUCACAGUGAACCUCACAGAAUCUAGUUCAGAAUCAACAAACAAACAGGAUGAUGAAGACAAAACUGGCCACGCUAUAUCACACUGGCACAGGAUUGUGUUAGGAGUAUGUCCUGGGAUUCUGGUUAUGAUUGUGAUUGCCUUCCUCACAUGGAGAUACUGGUGCAGAGAUUACACACAGGCUCCAGCUCAGGAGAACCCAGAGUCCCCGGAGGAACCAGAGGACCUGUUAUGAUCUUAAAGGAACAUGAUUCACCUCUACAGGAGCCUGAACUCUUGGGGAUGUCGAUGCUAUUAGACAUUCGGUCACCAUACAACGACAGCUAGAGGUGUGUGAGAUGUGUUUCAUUACAUCACAAUCUAGUAAUUGUUGUUUUAAUGUGCAAGCUGACAUUACUUUGUUUGUUGGUCUGACGAAGUUUCAAGAAAACUGAUUUUAAGACUCGAAAGGUCUUCGUAAGCUGGAAAAUAUGCCAACUACUCUUAUUUACAGAGUGAUAAGGUCUGUUAUAAUGCAGUUUGAAUUAUUGUGAAAUCAAAGAUGACCAGAAAUGAAGGUACUAUUCUUUGUAAGCUGUAUUACAAAUAGUGCACUAUAUUGUUUAUUAUAUGUUGUACUGUGAUGUAUUUCAAUGGGUAUCAGCAUCAUAUAUAUAUAUAUAUAUAUAUAUAUAUAUAUAUAUAUAUAUAUAUAUAAAGUUAACUCUAAUACAAGAGUGUUUCUAAUGCCUCGUCUAUGAUAGCAAUAUUGUCCUCUCUUCUGUCUGCUGGCAUCGGUCUCUCUCAAUUUUUUCCCUUUACUUGAAAGUCAUGAAACAGUGGCGUGUUUCUUUGUGCUAUUUGAGCACAUCGGAAUUUCCAAAAAAAUACAUUUCUGGUCACUUGCUGCUGAGAAACCCAGAUAUGUGAAAAAAGGUUCAUUCUAGAUCAUAUUUAUCAUAAACACAUAUUAAAUCCAUUUUAUUACUUCACUGUGACUGUAAUGUUUUUGAUCAUUAAAUACGAAUGUGAAUGAGA